AAAUAGUGCAACGAAUUGAUGGUCACAUUCGUCCUACCGUUUCGUCGCGUUGGCUGAGAUCAAGUUGACGUAUACACAGCAGACAGAGGCCAAAAAAAAGUACAAACUGCACACGUUGGGUUUAUUGUGUUCUUACUCCAUAUCCAAGUACAAUGUCUUCAAGGCAGAAAAGAAAGUGCAAAGGCACUAAUCCGCCUCAUUUACAAGUGUCGAAGACACCUAUUCCUUCAAAGUUUAUGGAUCCAGUAACAAACGAAUCUUUGUCAGUAACCCAGGAAGAUGAUUCUUCAAUGUCUCCCCAGCCUCUCAUCGUAGAUGAGUCGCAGGAAGUCACUAACACAAGUGUUGAUGUGCGAGCAGCCACUAAUGAGGAAAUCAUUGUUGCUGGCACGAGUGAGGAGUGGAAAAAAAGAGUGGAGGUCCUUGCAGAGGAGAACUCUAGCCUCAAGGACAAGGUAAAGCUGCUAGAAGAAGCCUUACUGGCGCAAAAGGCAGCCUCUGACGAGAAAAUUACUUCUUUGGAGUCGGAGCGUGAAAGACUAGCAAAUCUUCUAAGCGUAGUGGAAGAGUGACUGUCCUCGAUGGGAAAAUGCCAGUUUAAAAUACUGAUAUCAUCACCUCCGAGAGUGACGUCCACCAUUGCUGUUUUCUGGGGAAUGUAUUCUAACUUGGAAACAGGGACGUUUGCUAUGUUUAACUUGUUUUGGUUAAUAAAUGAUUCCAGACACUCA